ACAGUACCCUACAAACACUAAAAACCUUUAGAGUUAUACAAGCCCUCAAUACAAUAAGCUUUCACACAUUCAGUCUCUUACAUUGCCUGAGUUUGGACGAGAUAAUGGCCAAAUACACACUACAAACCUGACUGGAUAGAUAAGCUAACAGCGAAAGGGUUUAUAAAUGAUACGUUUUGGUUAGUUACCCGAACACAGCUGUGUAAGAAGAUUAAACCAUGUCGAAGGCACCUCACGAUAACUUGGCUACUUUCAAAUUGGUGGUGGUCGGUGAUGGUGGUGUGGGCAAAUCAGCCCUGACUAUUCAGUUCUUUCAGAAAAUGUUUGUUCAAGACUAUGAUCCCACUAUUGAAGAUUCCUACAUUCAACACAGGGAUACUGACGGGCAGUGGGGUAUUCUGGACGUGCUGGACACGGCAGGGCAGGAGGAGUUCAGUGCCAUGAGGGAGCAGUAUAUGAGGAAAGGGGACGGAUUCCUCCUCGUCUCCUCCGUCACAGACAAACAGAGCUUUGAAAACCUCAGGAACUUCCACAAUCAAAUAUUAAAGGUAAAAGACAGGAACAACUAUCCCAUGAUCCUUGUGGGUAACAAAGUUGACUUAGUGCACCAGAGAAAAGUCAGCGAAGACCUCGGGAGAGAUCUCGCAUCUGAGCUUAAAAUACGGUACAUUGAAACCAGUGCCAAGGACCCUCCCCUAAAUGUAGACUUUGCCUUCCAUGUGGUCCGAGUUAUCAGGUCACAGCCAAUAGAUUUGAAGAAACAAAGAAACCGAAGAAGAAGCAAGCAGAGAAAGUGUUCAAUCCUUUGAUGUCAGUCAAUCAUUGCCAUCAAUCCUUUGAUGUCUGUCAAUCAUUGUCAUCAAUCCUUUGAUGUCUGUCAAUCAUUGUCAUGAAUGCUUUUCAUUGUCUGAUCCUUAAGGAUUGCUGGUCAUCCUACAUUCUUGAUUGGAUAGAAGAUGUGUCAGUGAAAUGUAUUCCGUAAAUUUGUAUAUAGUGGCUUGGAUGUAUGAAUUCAUCCAAUAUUUUGUGUAGUUUUUCUAGAUUGACAACUCUAAAACCCAGCUGCCUUAGGACAUCACA